AUGGCCGAAGUGAAGAUUGGCCAGGACGCGACCAAGUUUGGUUUUGAGUGUGCCCACCCUUGGAUUCAACCACACCAGCUGCACAUCGCCGCAAUGUCUAGCGACUGGAAAUUUUCGUUUGUAUUUGAUGAAGAUGAAGAUGAGCAGGAAGACAUACCGACCACGAACGCAAUUGCUUCGAACGGGCCAACAAUGAGCGUGGGCCGUGGUGUAGACGACAAAAAUUCUCCUAUCAAACAUGAUAUAUCCGAUUACACGCUACUAGCGCGUGAUCUCGAUAUUGGAACGCGUAAAGAGACUGUUUCUUUCAUCAAAACGCCUUGGACGAUUGCGAAGCAACACGCGGCUACAAGAUCACGCAACGUCGUUCCCAUGAAACAGUAUUCCAGUCCCAUCAAGUCUGCUCACAUUCCUUCGCCACUUGCCAAACUCCAGGAGACGCCACAAGCAAAUGCCGACGUACCCUCGAGCUCAAACUCGGUAGUUGAUCAUUUACAUCAGAAAUCUGCAUUUCAGACCCAACGCCUCAACAACAAGCAGUCGGCACCCUCUCGAAACAAACAAGUCUCUUCUUCCAUCAAGCAGUUUGGCAUCAUGCAAAGUAGACCUGCAGCAAAAACUCCAGCCCUCUCGAGACCUGAGAAUAUACAGAAGCUGCUGGUCGCUCCGAGUGACACCGCUGACACCAUCGAACAGAAACCAUAUACACCCGUUUCAUCACAAAUUCUUUCUGGUCGACAACAACCACGGGAUGCCAUGGAGAAUGUGAUAACCCUUGAUUACGCUGCAGUGUCAUCCAGCAAAUCAGUACCCCAUGAAGGCCCUUCUAGUAGCGUUUACUCUCCUCAAGCUGUCAAGCGGAAACGAGAGCCAUCCCCAGCCCUCAGAGUACCAGUGGCGUCUGUAACCAAUUUCAAGAUGCAAACUGUUGAUCCUGGGACUUCUCUCUCGACCAAAGCUAACAGAUUUACUCAUUCAGUCACACAGCAUGAACACUCUCUUGUCCCUUCUGCAUACAUGAGAAGCUCCCUUCACGAUUCAUCGGAUGUAGAAUGGUCCACGUUACCUUCUGGAAAGAAACAGCGUACUCCGAAACCGAGCAAGUCUCGCAUGACAAGACCGUUCACCUUGCCCAACAAUGUAUUGAGCCUGCCUCCCUCAAGGAACCCCAACGUACCCAUCUCGGUGAAACGAACAACAAUACUUACCGUAUAUCAACCCCCACCACCUCUUCAUACUCUUCGCCAGGAGGACACGCCAACCACACCGAGUUCCUCGCGUGUGCACAAUCGUUAUUCGCCGCCCUCAUCUUUACCCCCUCUUCGUUCCUCUCCAAAUCAAAGUUCAGGCGAUUCACUGGGGAGCGAUAAAUCAUGGAUGCAUAGUUCGUGGAGCCGCACGCUUGCUCGCUUCGAUCACCAUUAG